ACAACCCUGACAAUAUGAACUUCAACUUCAACGGAGAACAUUAUUUUCUAUCCUCUUUAGACGGUCUCAUUGGUUGCUUCCAACUGAAAGAUACAAACAUAUUCGUUUGUAAAAAUAAUUGAAAUCAAAGUAGGAAAAUGGCAUACGACGCUGCUCACGAUGAUGGACCAGGGUUUGUCGGCAUUCGUUUUUGCCAAGAAUGCAAUAACAUGUUAUACCCAAAAGAAGACAAGGAAAACAAAGUUCUAUUGUAUGCGUGCCGGAAUUGUGACUACAAACAAGAAGCAGAUUCCAACUGUAUUUACGUGAACAAAAUUAUGCACGAAAUCGAUGAAUUAACCCAUAUUGUUCCGGAUGUGAUAUCAGAUCCAACUCUCCCGCGGACAGAGGAACAUGCAUGUCCCAAAUGUUCGCAUCGAGAGGCAGUAUUUUUUCAGGCCCAAACCCGACGAGCUGAAGAAGAAAUGAGACUUUACUAUGUCUGUACAAAUCCAAACUGCUGUCAUCGUUGGACCGAGUAAAUUAUUAUGAAUGUUCAA